AUGUUGGAAGAUUUGGGAAUGCGUGAUGAAGGAGAUGAUGAUCCAAUCCCCUUGCCAAAUGUAAAUGCAGCAGUAUUUAAAAAGGUCAUUCAGUGGGGCACCCACCACAAGGAUGCUCUUCCUCUUCCUGAGGAUGAUGAGAACAAAGAAAAGCGAACAGAUGACAUCCCUGUUUGGGAUCAAGAAUUCCUGAAAGUUGACCAAGGAACACUUUUUGAGCUUAUAUUGGCUGCAAACUACUUAGACUUCAAAGGUUUGCUUGAUGUUACCUGCAAGACUGUUGCCAAUAUGCUCAAGGGGAAAACUCCUGAGGAGAUAUGA